CUUAUUGUCUACGGAAUAAUAAAUUUUUGUUCGUGAUGUCGCACUAUUUAUUUCAUAAAUUUAUUUACUUUAUUAUUUGUGAAGUGAAAAACCAAUUAAUCUGAGUUUAAAAUUGAUUAAAAUAUCCAAGGAUAUUCGCGUCUCAAAUGAUUUAAAUGAUGGACAUAGUCCUUAGAUCUGUAUGUUAGGAUUGUGUUGUUGACAAGAGUUAGUCAAAUGAUGGCGAAAAUAAUAACUUACAAUAUGUUUAAUAAAAACUAAUGUUAAAAUGACUGAAAACGGGUUCGAAGGUAAUCGAUCUCCACCUUCGUGGGACAUGCCCGGACCAUCAUCACUGGCGGCUAUUCUGGACACCGUUUUUACGUCUUCCUCAGAUAACCAGACAAGAAAUGAGGAAAUGGAUUGUGAGCCGCUUUUCGCAGAGAGCGAUGAUGAUGUUGAAGUGCUUCCAUCUGCCCCAGAACAGUAUUCAUUGCCCAGAAACGAGUCGACAUCUAAAAAUGCUGUUUCAUCUGACUUUGUUAAUUCCACUUCACAAGCUCAGUCAUAUGUUGUAAAUAUACCACUGUCACACCUUGGGUCAGCCCACACCCCUGUACCUGAAGAGUACCAGCCACUGCCUGAUAGCUCAAGUUCAUUGGAUUAUGUACUAAGAAAUAACAAUGCAGAUAGUAACAAUGCCAAUGGGCAAAGAUUUCCUGAUGUAAAUAUACGUUACCAACCAAAAGCAUUUCCUCCAACUCAAGAUUUCUAUUUCCCUCACUAUAGACAUUACGGUCAAAAUUCAGAACAAAGGGAACCCCGAGAGUAUGUUGCAAACUCAUAUGGCAGUAAUAGACUACCCCAAAAUGAGGCUAGUGGCUAUUCAAACCAGCCGAUUAACUACACAGUACAAUCUACUCCCCCGCAAUUGCAGGACAAUAUGAACAGAGGGUAUGAUAAUAUAUCAGCAAACAAUAUUUACAAUCAAAUGUCUUCACCAGAUAACAAUUAUGGGGACAGGAAUCCUCCAAGUAACUUAGAGAGACCGAGUCGUAAGUUAAAUAUCUCUCCUCGGAGAAGACUGUCUAAGGGGAGUGCAGUCAAUACAAACUUAAUUGAAGUUAGCUCAGAAGAUGAAGAUGAUGUUCCAGGCCCUAGGAAGAGGCAGUGCGAUAAUGGUGCUGGUAAUUCAGGCUCUAAUAUAAAGAUGGACGUCUCCACAGGUGCAAAUGAGAUUAAUGCAAAUGUUAUAUCUAGAGUGGAAAUCAAAAGGGAGCCAUUAGAGCAAUCAGAAGCUUCAGCGCAAGCACGAGGAGAUGCCGUGGGAGUACGAAGGCCAAAUGAGAUUACCAUUGGGACUGGAAAUAAUGUCAAUACUAUUCAUAUCAGAGCAACGUUUAAACGCAAUGAUUUUAGACAGAAUGUACCGAGUGUGUCUGCUGCAGUGGUGUCGCCAGUUAUCCGUCAUCCUGGUAAUCAGAAUUGCAGAGAACGAAAUUGUGGGAAUGACUGUACAAGGAAUAAUCAAAACAAUGCAACACCGAAUAGAUCUCAUCACCAUUAUUACCACCAUCACCAUCAUCAUCACCACCAUCGGGUCUUAAAAUGUACUUGUAAUUUGCCAAGUUCAGGGAACUUGAAUUCCGCGAAUAUUAAAGAAGAACCCGGUCAAGCAAAUCAGGCCGCUGCAGUAAAACGAGAACCCGGUGCAGCGCAAGUGGCACGUCAAGAAGAAAAUCAACCAAUACCUGUUAACAAUAUCAAAAUGGAGGCAGGAAAUCAACAAGUGAUCAAAAUAGAGCCAGGCUGCUCCAAUCAAUUAAGAAAUAUGGAUGAGAACAGGAAUGUGAUUGUGAAAAUUGAAGCAAAUGCAAAUGACAACAGUACUAGGAGAUGCUGCAUAGUGGAUGCGGGUGGAGACAGGAAAGUUAAAGGAAUAUCUCCUCAACCUGGACCAAGUGCACGAAGAGGCAAUGAUAAUGAUAAUGCAAAUAUCAAUCAGAACCAGAGACCACAGUAUGACAAUGCAGCUGCCCGAAGACCAAAUAAUCCAGGUUUAUCAGCUCCUGACUUGCAACUAGAUUGGUUCACCGACAGCUCUGAUGAUGAUGUUCAGGUGUUGAAUGAAGAAAAUAAUCAACCAGAGGUAAUUGAUCUCACGAGUUCUCCAAGCGCGAGUGCCCCACCGGAGUCUCCAGUGCGUGCAUCGCCGACGUUGGAGCCUCAGCCGCCUCAGGCUGCGCCCCAAGCUGCGCCUCAAGCUGCACCACAAGCUGCACCUCAAGCUGCGCCUCAAGCUACGCCUCAAGCUACGCCACAAGUUCCGCCUCAAGUUGAGCCACAAGCGGACCCCCAAGCACAGUCCUGUGAGCCACCCCAGCCGCAGGCAGCGCGAGUCAACUUCCGCGCUACCGGCCGCGCGCCAUUCGCCUCAAGGAUUAGCGAAGCCCAGAGGACCACUGAGCCACAAAUCUACCAUCCUAAUUCACAUGUUCCGCACCACUCAUUCGUUCGUACAAGGGUGCGCGUGGGCACGUGCAUGGUGCCGUGCCCGACGUGCUGUUGUGCGCCCACCGUGCCCAGCACGCACGCCACGCCGCCCAUGGCGCAUCUUGGUGAAAGACGUCGUAACUCAAUGCCGAUAGCGCCGCCGUACAUAAUGCACGAGCGGCUCUGGCACCGACAACACCACAUGCUGGAGGUACAGAGGCGCAGUAUGAUAGGCGACCUGGCGGGCAGCCUCAACGUGCCGCCGCCCUACCCGCCCGCGUACACGCCCACGCCGCGCUCCACCGCAUACCUCUCCUUCCCAGAUCACUUUGAGCAGAAUGACAAUGGUCAGAUGCCUGUAAUGCUCGAUGGUCAGAAUGUUCAUCACCACAUGCAUCACCACCACGUGCCGGUGAACCCCUCGCCGCAUCUGCAUAUAUCUAUACAACCAUCCGUCAUGGGUCCGUCGCUGUCGCUGGCGGCGCACAUGGCGGCGAUGGUGCGCGCGGCGUCGUCGGCGGAGGCGCGGCGCUCCUCGCGCGGCGCCUCGCGCGCAGUCAUCGAGCGCAACACCUACCGCCACGCCUACGCGCGCCCCGCGCCGCACCACCAGGACGAGAAGUGCACCAUCUGCCUCUCCCUCUUCGAAGUCGACUCCGACUGCAGACGUCUGCCGUGCAUGCACCUGUUCCACAUGGAGUGCGUGGACCAGUGGCUGAGCACCAACAAGCACUGCCCCAUCUGCCGCGUCGACAUCGAGACGCACCUCAACAAGGACGCCGCCUUCUGAACGCACACGGCACCGCCUCACUGAUGCUGACGUCACCCCUAGGAUCAUAGGACAUGCCCACAGAGUCACCAAAUGUGGUAAAUAUUAAGACAAAUAUAAUGGCUUUUGGCCAAAAUGGUUAAAAUGGCCUACUGGAACGACUAAUUCACUUGAUUUGCAAGAUAACAGAAAUUAAAAUAAGCACAACAUAUAAGAUUAAAUUGAAUUAUAAUCCAAAUAAAUAUAUGAAUAUGUUUCUUACUCUUAGUUCACUAGCAAUAUCUAUAAAUAUAUUAUUACUUAAGUUAUUAACUUUUUAAUAUUUCACCGAUCUUUUAAUUAAAGAUCAGAAUAUUAAUCAUUUAUAUUCUACUGAUCUUAACAUAGAUGACAAUUGAAU